GAGCGGCAGAAAAUGAGUAAAUCUGUGGGGCCAGUGUCAUUCAGGGACGUGGCCGUGGACUUCACCCAGGAGGAGUGGCAGCAGCUGGAGCCCGAGCAGAAGACCACAUACCGGGAUGUGAUGCUGGAGAACUACAGCCAUCUCGUCUCCGUGGGCUGUCACAUUAUCAAACCGGAAGUUAUCAUCAAGUUGGAGCAAGGAGAAGAGCCAUGGAUAGUAGAAGGAGCAUUCCUACCGCAGGGUUACCCAGAAGAAGUCUGGAAAGCCAAUGAUCUGGGAGAAAGAGUCCAGGAAAAUGAAGGCAAAUAUUCAAGGCAAGCUGUAUCCAUCAACAACAAAACCCUGAUUGAAGAGAGAGGUAAUGGUCUUGGUAAGACUUUUAAUGUGGAAACGAACCCCAUUCCUUCAAGAAAAAUGUCCUAUAAAUGUGACUCAUGUGAAAAGAGUUUGAAAUCUAUUUCAGAAUAUAUUAGUAGUGAUGGAAGCUAUGCAAGAAUGAAGCCCGAUGAAUGUAGUGCGUGUGGGAAACCACUUCCCCACAUUAAACUUGAGAAAACUCAUCCAGGAGAUGAAUCUUAUGAAUUUAAUCAAAAUGGGGGAGGUUAUAGUCUAAAUGAAGAAAGUAUUUAUCAGAACAUUCAUAUUUUGGAGAAACCCUUUGAAUAUAUUGAAUGCCAGAAAGCCUUUCAGAAAGAUGCAGUUUUUGUUAAUCACAUGGAGGAGAAGCCCUAUAAGUGGAAUGAAUCUGAAAUAGCCUUUCUGCAAAUGUCCAACCUCAGCGUACACCAGAGGUCUCAUAUGGAAUUGAAGCCCUAUGAAUGCAGUGCAUGCGGGAAAUCCUUCUGUAAGAAGUCAAAGUUUAUCAUCCAUCAGAGGACUCACACAGGAGAGAAACCUUAUGAAUGUAAUCAGUGUGGGAAAUCCUUCUGCCAGAAGGGGACCCUCACUGUCCAUCAGCGCACACACACAGGGGAGAAGCCCUACGAAUGUAACGAAUGUGGAAAAACCUUCUACCAGAAGUUACACCUCAUUCAACAUCAGAGAACUCACUCAGGAGAGAAGCCCUAUGAAUGUAGCUACUGUGGAAAAUCCUUUUGCCAGAAGACACACCUCACACAACACCAGAGAACACAUUCAGGAGAGAGACCCUAUGUUUGUCAUGACUGUGGAAAAACCUUCUCCCAGAAGUCAGCACUUAACGACCAUCAGAAAAUCCACACGGGCGUGAAACUCUACAAGUGUAAUGAAUGUGGGAAGUGCUUCUGCCGCAAGUCUACACUCACCACACAUCAGAGGACACACACCGGAGAGAAGCCCUACGAAUGUAACGAGUGUGGGAAAUUCUUCUCACGGCUGUCUUAUCUCACUGUACACUACCGGACUCAUUCGGGAGAGAAGCCCUACGAAUGUAACGAGUGUGGGAAAACCUUCUACCUGAACUCAGCCCUCAUGAGACAUCAGCGAGUGCACACCGGAGAGAAACCGUACGAAUGUACCGAGUGUGGGAAACUCUUUUCUCAGCUGUCGUACCUCACUAUACACCACAGAACUCAUUCAGGAGUGAAACCGUACGAAUGUAAUGAGUGUGGGAAGACCUUCUACCAGAACUCAGCCCUCUGCAGACAUCGGAGAAUACAUAAAGGAGAGAAGCCCUACGAAUGUUAUAUAUGUGGAAAGUUCUUCUCCCAGAUGUCGUACCUCACCAUACACCAUCGAAUUCAUUCAGGAGAGAAGCCCUAUGAAUGUAAUGAGUGUGGUAAAACCUUCUGCCAGAAUUCAGCCCUUAACAGACAUCAGAGGACACACACAGGAGAGAAAGCCUAUGAGUGUUACGAGUGUGGGAAGUUCUUCUCUCAGAUGUCCUAUCUCACCAUCCACCACCGGAUCCAUUCGGGAGAGAAGCCCUUUGAAUGUAAUGAAUGUGGAAAAGCCUUCUCUCGGAUGUCAUACCUCACUGUACACUAUAGAACUCAUUCCGGAGAGAAGCCCUAUGAAUGUAACGAGUGUGGGAAAAAAUUCUACCACAAAUCAGCCUUCAAUAGCCAUCAGAGGAUUCACAGGAGAGGGAAUGUGAAUGUACUGGAUGUGGGGAGGCUUCUCUGAAGUCGGAGAACCUUUCAGUGUGGGAGUGGGAGAUGCCUGCCGACGUACGUCAGAGC